UACUCGUUAGUUUGUAUUUCAUUCAUUCUUUCCGAUUAGACGUGUUUGGUUCAACUGUUUUGUUGUGCUCCUCGAAAAUAUAUUUUAAAAACGUUUAUUUCUUAAAAAAAACAUAUAGUAAAACGUACAUCUACUUAUUUUAAAGUACUUCUUUUAUAGUACUUAUUUUAAAACAUAAACGAAUUUAACUACAAAAAAUGUGCCUUUAAAUAACGAUUUACAAAAAAGUUUUAAUAACCAACAUGUUUCAACCAAAAAUAAACUGCCACCAACUAUUGGCAUUUAUAUUAGUAAUAAAUGUAGUUAAAGCACAAUUAUCUAAUGAUCCACAAACAUAUCAACCACGUUAUAAUCCCCAAUAUACGAACACCCAAUCAAAUCAACAGAUCGGUUCUACGCAAUACGAUAAUCCUCUCUUAACCUCAAUACAGGAUCAGCAACAGCUGACAGGAAAUACAAAUACGCUUAACAGUGGUACUGUUCUAGGACAACAGAAUUACAAUACCUAUUAUGAUUCACAAUCAAAUAUAAAUCGUCAGCUUACGGGAGGCACUGGUAAUACAUUAUUGGGUGGUCAAAGUCCUGCUUACGAUCCAUUUAAUCGUAAUUUAAAUACAAAUACCAAUACAUACUCAUCUGUCGGUAGUAGUUAUUUAGAUAACUAUAGUGAUGAUCUGAAUUAUUGUCCCGAACAUUGGAUAUCGUUUAGACAAGAAUGUUAUCGUUUCAUACGUUCACCAAAACGUAAUUGGAUUGAUGCGAAAAAGAUUUGUAAAGCUUAUAACGCAGAAUUGUUAAAUGUCGAUAAUGUUGAGAAACAUUCAUUUAUUCUAAAGCAUUUAAUAUUACAAAACCAUCGGCAAAAUCGUUUCUGGACAUCCGCUCGCCAGACGGGUGUCAAUAGCUGGGGCAAUGAUGAUGGCACGCCUUUCCUAAUGAUCGAAGAUUCCUUUUCAUUUGAUGAAGAUCAGGCCAUUGAAAAUGAAGAUUUACAUGAUAAUCGUUUUCUGGUACAAAAUAGUUUCAAUGAUUAUAACAAUCGUAAUAAUCCCAAUCAAUAUUAUAAUACAAUUGGUGGUUCCGCGAACAGAAAUCAAAAUAAUUUACGUGGCUUUAUAGGUCCUGGUCAAUUUAAUGACAAUGGAUAUGUACGUGAUCGUUUAGUCUAUGCCUUCUCAAAGAAAAAUGAUCGUUGGAUGUUUAUGCCAGCAUAUGAUAUGGAAUUGAAUUUGUUUAUUUGCGAAUCAAAGCAACUAUACAAUCCUGAUAAUAUCAAUAUUAAACUGGAAAGUAAACGUCCUUUCCAUUAUGGUUUCGAUAUACGUGACUAUGAGAAAAUACCACGAGGUCCUUACUUUGUGAAACAGCCAAAUGAUACCACAUUCGAUACAAGUAAAAAUCGUCUAAUUAAUGAUGUAUCCCUAAGUUGUUUAGCUGGCGGUUAUCCCACACCCACAUAUCGUUGGUAUCGUGAGGUUUAUGAGAAUGAUACCUUGGAAUAUAAAGCUAUUGAUCCAUUAAAAGAUGAUCGUUAUACGGUAUCCGGAGGUAACCUAAUUAUUUACGAUCCCAAACAGGCAUUAGAUCAGGGUGCCUACCAUUGUGUAGCUGAAAAUAAAUUUGGUCGUAUACGUUCGGAAAGUGCUCAUUUGAAUUUUGGUUUCAUAAUGGAAUUCAAUUUAAAACGUUCAGCAGAAACGGGUGAAAUGAACUGGGGUAAAUCGAUAUUCUGUGAUCCUCCACAACAUUAUCCUGAGGUUAAAUACUAUUGGUCCAGGGAUUAUUUUCCCAAUUUUGUUGAAGAAGAUCAGCGUGUUUUUGUGUCGCAUGAUGGUGCUUUGUACUUCUCAUUCAUUGAAACAGUCGAUAGGGCCAAUUAUUCUUGUACUGUUCAAACUUUGGUAUCCGAUACAGGAAGAAAUGGCCCCUUCUUUCCUUUACGUGUUAAGCCCAAUAGUAAUUACCAAGCUUUAAUAUUCUCCAACUCUUUCCCAAAGGUUUUCCCAGAAGCUCCUAUAGCUGGUGAUGAGAUACGCUUAGAAUGUAUGGCUUUUGGUUAUCCAAUACCUUCAUAUAAUUGGACUAGACGUGGCCAGCCUUUACAACGUAAUGCCUAUACCAUAAACUAUAAUCGAGUUUUAAUCAUACAAAAUGCCACCACCAAUGAUAAUGGCGAAUAUACUUGUACCAUCUCAAAUCCACGCAAAACUAUAGAAAAAUCGAUUUUCAUCAAUAUACAAAUGAAACCACAAUUUACAAUACCUUUAAAGGAUCAAAUAAAAGACUAUAAUAGUGAUGUUACCUUCAUCUGUGAAUCCUUUGCCAUACCUGAUGUUAAUUACACCUGGUAUAAGAAUGCCGAACGUUUAGAUCCCGAAAAUAUCGAUAAGGAUCGUUUUAUAAUACAAGAUAAUGUUUUAACCAUAAAAUAUCUUGAUGCUGAUCGUGAUGAUGGCAUGUAUCAGUGUGGUGCUUCGAAUCAAUUGAAAACGGCCUUCUCCUCAGCUCAAUUGAGGGUGUUGUCCAUGAAGCCUUCUUUCAAGAAACAUCCUUUAGAAUCUGAAAUAUAUGCUGUACACAAUGGCAAUACAACAAUAGUAUGUGAUCCGGAAGCAGCACCACGUCCCAAGUUUCAAUGGAAGAAAGAUGGUCAAGUUAUUGGUGCGGGUGGUCAUAGACGUAUAUUGCCAAGUGGUACUCUAAUUAUAUCACCCACUUCUAGAGAUGACGAAGGCGUGUACACUUGUGUGGCCUCCAAUUCUGCCGGUUCAGAUGAAUCUCGUUCACGUCUAAUUGUGUUGCAGGAAUUACGUUUUAUACAAACGCCACCUUUGCGUAUAACAACUCAAGUCCAUGAUUUAAUAUAUUUACAAUGUGAAGCUAGUUAUGAUGAACUGUUGGAUGUUGCCUACGUUUGGAAACAUAAUGGUGAAGUUUUGCGUAAUAAUCAUGAUGGCACAGAACGAAUUAUUAUCGACUAUAACCGCUUAACUGUUCACAAUGUAACAAUGUUGGAUGGCGGAGAUUACGAAUGUGUUGUUAAAUCUUCUGUCAAUGAAAUUUCGGCCAAAACAAAUGUAGUUAUUGAAGGAUCUCCCGGGGCACCGGGUGGCGUGCAGGUUAUUGAUGUUGGAAAGACUAGAGCAAUUAUUGAAUGGAUUGAUGGCGCUACAAAUGGUCGUCCUAUACGUUAUUAUAAUAUAUUGGGUCGUACCAAUUGGAAUCGUACCUGGGUCAAUGUAUCUACACAUGUCCAGGCGCGGGAAGUUGAUCGCUACACUGGUAGACAGCAAGCAGAAGUAACCAACUUAACACCCUGGUCUUCAUAUGAGUUUAGUGUAGCGGCCGUUAACGAUUUAGGCAUUGGUAUACCCUCAGCUCCCUCACCUAUCUAUAGUACACAUGAGGAUAAACCCUACAUAGCGCCACGUAAUGUUGGAGGUGGUGGUGGUAAGAUAGGAGAUCUUACCAUAACCUGGGAUCCUCUAUUGCCUGAAGAACAACAUAGUCAUGGUAUACAUUAUAAGAUAUUCUAUAGACUUAAAGGUAAAUUUGAAUGGGCUACGGAUAUUGUGAAGAGAGCAGAUCAUAUUGGAAUGGCUGUGGUGAAUGUGCCCAUAAAUAACUACUACACAGAAUAUGAAGUCAAAGUACAAGCCAUAAAUAAUAUUGGAAAAGGCCCUGAAAGUGAACCUGUAGUAAUAUAUUCUGCCGAAGAUAUGCCACAAGUGGCACCACAAAAACCCAUAGCUUUAGCAUACAAUUCAACAGCUUUCAAUGUCACUUGGCAGCCCAUUGAUUUAACACGCGAAAAUAUAAGAGGAAAACUUAUUGGUCACAGAAUCAAAUACUGGAAGACUACACAUCAGGAAGAAGAUGCUGUUUACUAUUUAUCACGUACCGUACGCAAUUGGGCUUUAAUUGUAGGUCUACAGCCCGAUACUUAUUAUUUUGUUAAAGUAAUGGCUUACAAUGCUGCCGGCGAAGGACCAGAAAGUGAACGUUUCGAAGAACGUACUUAUCGAAAGGCACCACAAAAACCACCUUCUUCGGUGCAUGUGUUCGGUGUUAAUCCUUCAACUGUACGAGCAGUGUGGCGUUAUGUAUCACCGGCACAAGAUGAAGAACCUAUAGAGGGCUAUAAGGUGCGUGUCUGGGAGUCUGAUCAAAAUAUGAUAACGGCAAAUGAUACAAUAAUACCAGUGGGACAAAAACUCGAAGCCUAUAUAACAAAUCUAACGCCGGGUAAAAUGUAUAACAUGCGUAUAUUGGCCUUCAGCAACGGCGGUGAUGGACGCAUGUCUAGUCCUACGGUUCAUUUCCAAAUGGGUAAAACAACACGAAAUCAUGCCGAUCGUCGCUAUAAUUUUAAUGUCAAUACUUUAUUAAUCGUAACCAUUUUAACAUUCAUAUCUGCCUCAUUAUUUAACAAUUAGUUGAUUAUUAAUUUAUUCGUUUUUAAAGCAAAUAACGCACAGUUAAAUUAGCAAAGCGAUAAGAAACAAAAUUUUUUAACAAAAAAUCUCAAAUGUGAAAAACAUGUAACUGCAAACAUUCCGUCCAUUAAAUGCAGUCAUUAUAAACUUAUAAAGAAGAAAAAACAAAUACAAACAAUUCGAAUAUAUCCAAAAGAAUAUCCCACAAAGUAGAUUUUAAGCAAAACAAUUAUUAAUUCCAUUUUUUAAAAAAAAAAAACAUAAAGCAAACAAAACUAUUUGUAUGUUAUAUAUAGUUUAGUUAUUUAUAACUAAAUAUAACGCUCUUAAAGUGCCCUUAUUAUAUAAUUAAGAUUUAUAUACAAAUUAAGAUAUUUUAUUAUAUACAAAAAAUACAUAACAUACAUAUUUAUAAGUUUAUAUUCGAUUAUAUAGUAUUGCGUAUGUUAUUUUAUAUUUCUCUUUUAUAUAGUUCUAUCUAUAUGUUUUAAUAUAAAAACAUCUUUUUUGUUUUGCCCUUAUUAAUGUUCUUAAGUAUUUCGUCCAUUUAUUUGUUCUUUCGUAAUUAUUAAUAAAAAAAUCAUAUCUUUUUUAAAAUUUUA